CAGUCAUUUUCCAAGCACUUCGGACGUUCUGGUGAUCAUGCUGAGUCGCGUCGCUCGCUCCGUGGGAGCGCAAUUGAAAGCGCGCCAACAGGUCCCGGUCGCUGCGCGUCUCUUCAGUGCCAAGAAACUUGCGGGCUCCGCACACGACGACGACGACGAUGGCGCUGUUCGCAAAGGCAAGGACGAGGACACCGACGACAACGACGUUGAAGGGUUUGAAGCGCCAAAAUCGAAGCGCAUGAACGACCUCGCCGAGUACGACGAAGACGAACCGACCGAUCCAGCUCCACUCUACGGCAAGUACAAGGAUGAAGGCCACGAAUUCCGUCAACUGGCACCUGCCGCCGCCCGCAAACACAGAUACCAGGCGAUUGCCCCCAAGAACAUGGCGGAAGCGCGUCGUCGAUUGCUGGACGAGUAUGGAUCCCGUGGGAUGAGUUUCGACGAUCCCCAGUUUGUGUACGAUGACGGUCUCCGUCCUGAUAUGGGUUUGUUGAAAGAGAAGGACAAGUUGGAUGAGGAAGCAAACGCUGUAGAAGGCUGGAACUUUGACGACGAGAACUACUUGGAUCUGGAUGCGAUGGGGCUUGUCAGCCAAGUCGUAUUUGUGGACACGGUUCAAAAGCCGACGACGCUGGGCAACAUCUUGACAUUCCGGGCGCUCGUUGUGGUCGGGAACCAAGACGGUUGCGCAGGGUACGCCGUCGGCCGCGGUAGUAAGAUUGACCAAGCGAUCGAUCGCGCCACCCUUCGCGCCAUCGAAAACUUCACUUACGUCGAUCGCUUCGACGACCGAACGCUGUACCACGAAGUCAACGGGAAAUUCAACAGUUGCGAGCUCUUCAUCCGCCCUUCCAAGGUUGGACAAGGAACCACCGUCAGCGACACGGUCGGGUGCGCGCUCUACUGCUUUGGCAUUACGGACGUCGUGUCCAAGUGCCGCGGCCAGCGCAACCCGUACACCGUGAUCAAGGCUACGUUUGAUGCGCUGAGCAAGCAUGAGACUGCCGAAGAGAUCGCCCUCAAGACGGGCCACUCGGUCGUGGAAAUCACAAACUUGGCCAAGUACCGCAAGUUGUAAUAGGAACCAAGCUCAAACACGUGUACAACUACUGCACCAAUAUACGCUAGAUCAAC